AUGGCCACGCAGCCUGUGCUGGAAGCCGAAGAUGCUAACUACAACGCCCUUGUUCUCGCGGCGGCUUGUCAUGACCAACUGCAGAAUGAAGACAAGGCGAUCGAUACUGCCUAUCUCGCUAUCAAAGUUGACACUUCGAACCCCGUAGCUUGGCAGUUACCGGACAACACACCCUCCUUAAAUAGUCUUUGUAUGUUAACGCUUGCUUCGGACACCGAGAAUGCUUACGCUCUGGAGGCGGCCAUUCGUUUAUUUAUCGAAUCAGCCCUAUUCUCCGUAACGGUUGACAAUGGCAAACAGGAGGCGAACUCUGGAAGAAACCCCACCUUCGAUGCCUUCGUAACCAAUUUAACCGGCAUUUGUCGCCUGGAUUUACAUCUCCUGGAGACCUACACGAGUCGUUUACGCAACAUUCUGGUGGACGCGCCCCCACUCACGCUUACAGCCAAGGCAACAGUUGCUAUUGGUGAGGCAUGCUCCCAGAUUUUGGCUGCUCUGUAUGGAAUUGAGGCAGAAGCCAGGAUGCAGCAGCGGGAAUCGACAGCAGCGGCAGAGGAGGAGGGGGUGGCUGUCGGAGCAUCAGAAUCCGCAACCAGUCUUGAAGCAUUACAGGCGGUUUCGAGUUUGCUGUCGCCUCUACUGCCCGUGGAAGGCUGGCAGCGCCAGGGCUAUCUGGAUAUACACGCGUGUGCUCUUGCGGCCGUCACUGCGUACUCUCUCAGGGAAUUCUCACGAUGUGAUCACAUUGCCAAGGAAAUCAUAAGCUUUUGUCGAGCCCAUAUCAUGUCGGCCAGCAAGGAAGUGGAGAACCUAAACAGCCUCGCCGACUCGCAGCCCAGCACCCGUACUGACUUCCUAACUCGUCGUCUUCCCAUCACGCCGAUUCGCAUGGAGGCUGCAAGCGGAGUACAGGGUCUCUAUCGUGUCUGCGACUGGGCUGGCUGCCUUCUCCUCGCUAAUGCUGCAUCCUCCACCCUAGGCAGCCUGGCUGCUUCAGCCGUCGACUCAUUUUCUUCCAACUGUCUGGUGAUUCAAUUUUUACUGUCUUUUUAA